ACCCAAUGAGCCGAACUAUCCCGCCCACAGUGUCCUCUCCCCGGCCCCGCUCCCUCCCUCCCUCCCUCCCUGCCCAGCCAUGGCCGAGCCCGGCCGGCUACUCGAGUACAUCUUCAGCUUCUACUUCAUCAGCCACAUCCCCAUCACGUUGGCCGUCGACCUGCAGGCGCUGCUGCCCCGAUCCAUCUUCCCCGGCGCGCUGCAAGGUUUACUAGAUUGGUAUUCAGCUCGGUUCAAAGACCCAAUGCUGCUGGACCCACCACCAUGGUUCAGUGUAUUCAUUCUAUGUGAAGCAGUGCUGCAGAUGCCUUUCUUCCCUUUUGCAGCAUAUGCCUUCUACAAAGGUAGCUGUUCAUGGAUAAGGAUGCCAGCCAUUGUGUACUCCACACAUGUGGCCACAACAGUUGUUUCAAUCCUUGGGCACAUUCUGUUCAAUGAUUUCUCAAAGUCCACGUAUCCGGGACCGAAUACCCUGUCAGAACGGUUGACCCUCACAGCUAUUUACAUUCCCUAUUUAAUCAUCCCGCUCCUGAUUCUGCUAACUAUGUUAUUCAGCAAACGGUACAAUUCCGAUGGGAAAAAGAAGAGGAAAUAACUGUUUCCGUCGAACCGUUUAGAGAAUCGGGUCCCCUUUUUCAAGUGAAUUGCUGAGAAUGAAUACUUUAUAAUUUUACAAUGUUACCCGUGUGGGUUUUCUCCGAGAUCUUCGGUUUCCUCCCAAUCGCCAAAGACGUAUAGGUUUGUAGGUUAAUUGAUUUGGUAUAAAUGUAAAUUGUCCCUAGCGUG